GCACGCUCUCCAUUACACAACUGACCUACUUUACGUGCAGCACAGGAAAAACAAGGGUGUUUCACGGCGGAUAGAGGGAUUGAAAGAAACGCCCCCUUCUCCCGCGCGAGCUUAAUACCUGCACAGGUAAAACACAGACACCUGGAGCAACGGUGUGCACGGUGCUGUUUGCCAAUGGCUGAAGCUGUGGAGGUCGGCUCGGUGUCCGCGGGGGCGCGGACCAUGUUUUUCAUGCUCUCACCGAACGAGUCAUCUUUCCAGAAGGUGGAAGAGGUUCCUCAGUAUGUGCAGCAGGCCACUCCUUUCUUUGUAGGGCUGAUGGUGCUGGAGCUGGUGGUGGGCCUGCUGAAGACAGGAGCCCCAGUGGUCACCAUCAGCGAUGGACUCACCUCCGUAUCUUGUGGAAUGAUCUCCAGACUCCCAAUGCUGUUUAUGAGAGGCUGUGAGCUGACUGCUUACAUGUACGUGUGGGACCGGUAUCGCCUGAUGGAGCUGCCGUGGGACUCCGCCUGGACCUGGUGGCUCACCUUUCUGGGCGUGGACUUCUGCUACUAUUGGGUCCACCGCUUUGCUCACGAGGUGUCCUUCCUUUGGGCCGCUCACCAAGUUCACCACAGUUCAGAGUACUACAACCUCACCACGGCCCUCAGACAGUCCCUCACACAGCAGUUCACAUCAUGGAUCUUCUACCUGCCGUUGGCUCUGGUCGCACCACCCACAGUCUUUGCUGUUCACAUUCAGUUAAACCUUCUCUACCAGUUCUGGAUCCACACUGAGCUGAUCAGAGACCUUGGACCUCUAGAGUGGGUCUUCAACACUCCGAAACAUCACAGAGUUCAUCACGGGAGGAACCUUUACUGCAUCGACACGAAUUACGGAGGAAUUCUGAUCAUAUGGGACCGAUUAUUUGGUACUUUUGCUCCAGAGUCAGACAAAGUGGUGUUCGGCCUGGUGUUCCCGAUCAACACCUUUGAAAUCCUCUAUGUUCAGUUACACUACUAUUUGUAUUUGUGGAGAAGGUCCAGCACUUACAAGACUGUUGGCAACAAAUUAUCAACUUUCCUCAAAGGCCCAAGUUGGAAACCUGGUAAAUCUCGGCUCGGUGACCAUGAAGACAAUCCAAAGGUUACCGGACAGGAAGUGCCUCAUGAUCCCAGCUGGACGCUGCCUUUACAAGUUUAUGUGGUCAUACAUUUCCUGCUGGUGCUGGGGAUUUACCAUGAUCUGUUUGAAAACAAGAUGACGCUGUCCCAGUUAACCAUGCUGGGGAUGACCGGCUAUGUUCUGCUCACUCUCACGUCUCUGGGCUACAUCAUCGAUCAGAGGCCAACAGCGGCUGUUCUGGAGAUGCUACGCUGUGUCGUCAUGGUGACAAUGCAGAGGUACGGCUACAUGAAGCCCCUGCUGCCCUCGCUGGCCGUGCCCACAGAGGCCUUUGUCUCCCUCUCUCUGCUGUACUGGGCUCUGCAGAGCUUCACUCAGCUGCUCACCAUCAAGAGGAAGGCCGACUGAGUCGACACAAGAAGAACCUGACUGAAUUUUAGCCUUUGAGGUCAUAAUUGUUGACGUAAUUCCUUAGUAGCAAAUUUUAAUCACCUUUAACACUUCGUACAGCUUCAUCCGUGUGUGGAGAAACAGUUGUUGUUCCAGCUUCUGCUUCAUUCACUUUUUAUCUGCAGCUGAUUGAAGUCUGUUUAUGACUGUUCAUCAUUCAGCCAUAAGACAAGACAAGGUGCUCAACUGGUGCUUUUUAUCAAAUAGUGCAUUUCUGUCUUUAUAAGCAUCUUCUGUGCUUACGUCCACACCAGUGGUUCUCAAACUUUUUCUGUCAUGCCCCCCCCCCCCCCCCCCCCCCCCCCCCCCCGNCCUUCACAAGCUGAAUUGUUAAUUAAUCAUGAACAAUAACUGGGGAAGCAGCUUAUAAGAAGGAUCCAUGUUGAAUUAUAGUGAAAUAAAAGUCGGCAUAAUAGCAUCAGCAUGUUUAUUUCCCCACAUAAAUCGUAUUCAUCCAACUUUGUUUCACUCCAUAUUUCCCCCUGAUCAUCAGCCCCACCUGCACAGGCUCUGUGACCCCCCCAACAGUUUGAGAACCACUGGUCUGUGCUGUUAUAACAGAGGUGCUGCACUGCUAAUUAAAUUACUAAUGAAUUAACAUUUUUAUGUAUCACCUGAACCGCUGUGUACAUGAUUUUAUUUUAUGCCUCUACUAUGCAACAUAUACCUCUUAUCAGUGUUGGGGAAGCAAAGCUUUGAAAGCUGCCAAUUACUUCACACUGGAAAAACUACAGCAAAGCUACCGCAGGGAGAAGUGGAGUUUGGUUUACUAAAGCUGCUUAGAAAAAAAUAGGACUGAAGGUUGGAUCCUUGCCAUGCUAAUCAGUGCCUUAAUCAGUAUUCAAAUGCUCUGGGUUUUUUUUACACCAUAAUGCUGAAAAUCCCAAACAGCCCAUAAAUUAAGAAGUAGUAAUCCAACCUAACGGCUUAUGCAUCAAAAUAAACUAUUAGUUAUUCUUAGACGAGGACAUUUAAACUUAGUGAGAGGCCUAGUUUGGUGACUCCGACAGUUUGACCACCAGUGACAGACUUACAGAUUCGCUAGCAAGAUGUCGACAAAGCCAAAAUAGUUUUAAACUUUACAAAGAUGACCCCCAAAAAGUCAAGUGCCAGAUAUGUUAAAGGAAAAUGGCGCAUCAAUUGAUCUACCACCAGCUUGGCAAAUCCCCUGAAAGCUGUAAGUAACAGUUUCUUUUUCAAGUUAUUAAUGUUACUGCAGCCUGCAUGUUAGCAAUGACUGAAAACUGAUGUUUCAAAAAACAUGAAUAUUUCUUCAAAGCCACAAAAGAGUCCAGGAUGUGGUGUUGUACCAAAUAGGAUUUCUCAGUUAGUCAGGUAGCUUCUGGUACAGCGCCCAACAACAUUUGUUAAUAAAAAGCAGUGAUCAGCUUCAAUCAAUCAAUUUUAUUUAUAAAGCCCAAUAUCACAAAUCACAAUUUGCCUCACAGCGCUUUACAGCAUACGACAUCCCUCUGUCCUUUGGACCCUCACAGCGGAUAAGGAAAAACUCCCCAAAAAGUCCCUUUAACAGGGAAAAAAUGGUAGAAACAAUACUUUUGGCUAACUAUGGUCCAACAGGGUUCAAUUACAGGAGAGAGGUAAUGAUAAAAUAAAAGUAAAAAAUCAUUCCCUUCUUUCUGUGGCCCAAAAUAGUUUGUAGUUUUAGUAACUAACUUAAAAAAUGGCAACAAAAGAAAAGAAAAGUAAUUUAACUACUUGAAUCACAGUGCAAAUAUGACUGUAGUUGAACUACCAGCAAGCUCCUGCAAACUGUAAUUAAACUGCUGGUUUGAUGACGUGUAGUUCACCUCUCCCCAACACUGCCUUGUACGAAACAAAUGCUGCUCAAAAUGAAGCUUUAACUUGCACAACACUGUGCAGUGUAUUGUUCUUCAUUCCUCACUGCAAUUAAAAGAAUUGUAAUUUUGC